GUUGAUCAACCGAAUCAGACGAGUUGGCUCCCUUUACAUUCUAAAGAUCUCCCGCCAAUAAACCAAAUUAAACGAAGAAUGAUCGAAUCCAUGCGGCUAAAUUUCAAGGACAUACUUGCACGGUCUAUACACAAUUGCAAGAGCAUCAGGGUGAUUAAACAAAUCCAUUCCCACAUCAUUACAUCCCCAAAUUUAUCUCCAAAUGAUCAUUAUUUUCUCAUCUCUCGCCUCCUCUUCUUCCUCUGUACAGUCAAUGAAUCACCUGACGGUCUCAAGUAUGCGGUCAAAGUGUUCAGACGCAUUGCCGAGCCAAGUCUUUUUGCAUACAAUGCCAUGAUUAGAGCAAGUUCAACGAAAAUUAAGGACCCUUUUUCGUGCGAGUCCUUAAUUUUAUAUAAAGAGAUGUUGUGUAAUAAUCUGUCUCCUGAUAGUAUUACCAUCCCUUUUGUAUUAAAAGAAUGUGCCAAGAGGGUUGAUGGCUUAAUGGGUCGAAGCAUCCAUGCGCAUGCAGUGAAGUUUGGGUAUGAAGCCGAUGUUUAUGUGCAAAACGCUUUGAUAAGUCUGUAUUCGGAGGGCAGGUUUUUGGAUGAUGCGAGGAGGGUGUUUGAUGAAAUGUCAAAUAGGGAUAUUGUUUCUUGGAAUUCGAUGAUUGUGGGAUAUUUGAGAGGUGGAGAGCUUGAUGUCGCAUUAGAUUUGUUCAAGGAAAUGAAGGACAGGAAAGACAUCAUUACUUGGAAUUCAAUGAUCACGGGCUUUGUUCAAGGGGGUAGGCCGAAGGAGGCUUUAGGAUUUUUCCAAGACAUGCAGAUUUUCAGUGAUGAUAGGGAUAUGGAUAGGCCGGAUAAAAUUACGGUGGCUAGUGUACUUUCUGCAUGUGCUUCUCUUGGUGCCGGCGAUCAUGGUAGGUGGUUGCAUAGUUACUUGGAGAGAAGUCGGAUGGAAUGUGAUAUGGUGAUUGGGACGGCUUUGGUGGACAUGUAUGGGAAGUGUGGGUGUGUUGAAAGAGCGUUUGAGGUUUUCAAUGGGAUGCCUAAGAAGGAUGUUUUGGCAUGGACAGCUAUGAUUUCAGCAUUUGCACUUCAUGGGCACGGGGAGGAAGCAUUUAAGCUUUUUGCAAAUAUGGAAGCUGUUGGUGUACGGCCUAAUUCUGUGACAUUUGUUGGGUUAUUGUCUGCCUGUGCUCACGCGGGCCUGGUGGAGAAAGGUCGCUGGUGUUUUGACACAAUGAGGCGUGUUUAUGGUAUUGAGCCGCAGGUGCAACAUUAUGCUUGUAUGGUUGACAUACUUGCCCGAGCUGGGCAGUUUGUUGAGGCUGAAGACCUUAUCAGGGGUAUGCCCAUGGAGCCGGAUGUUUUUGUUUGGGGUGCACUACUUGGAGGAUGUCAAUUGCAUGGAAAUGUCGAGCUAGGAGAAAAAAUUGCUGAAAACUUGAUUUGUUUGGAACCUCAAAACCAUGCUUUUUAUAUCAAUUUGUGUGAUGUAUAUGCCAAAGCUGGUAGAUUUGAUGAUCUGAAGAGAAUAAGAGCUUUGAUGAAAGACAAAGAGAUAAGGAAGCCAGUUCCAGGAUGCAGCAUGAUUGAAGUUGAUGGUAUUGUCCAUGAAUUCUCGAUGAAAGGAUCACCUGAAGUCCCGAUUAUGGAAGCUAUAAAGAAUGUAUUGAUGGUAUUAAGUCUUGAGAUGAAUAGGCAAGAUAAUAUGAAUAUUUUCAUCACAUAAUCAGAGGGAAAAUAAAUUUUUUGGUGACAUGAAGAUACUUGUUUGGCUGUGAGGUAAAUGUCCCAUUUGUUUGACAUGUGACAUAUGACCAUCUGAAACAUUUGAACCAUCAGGCCAUGUGCACUUUUGAGGCCCAGUUGGACAAUCUAGCUGCUCUGCAACUUUCAGAAAUUGAAGUUUACUUGGUUCAAGGUUAAACUGUGUAAAUGACAGCCUUUGACAAUAGUACACUGAUUGAUAAAAGCAGCCAUUGAUACGUCAAAUUUUAAUAUGUAAGGAUUUGCUCAGGAGUUUGUUCAUCUCUGAUACUGCAGAAUUGCAAGAGUUCAAACAGAGACGGCAUUUUACAGGAUGGUUACAGAAUAGAGAAAAGAGAUGGUGUGAACUAUAAGUGCUAUGCAAUGGUAACGAUGACAUGCAUUCGGGGAGAGAAUUCUGUGUGGAAAUAUGGCUCGAAAAUGGUGUUUUCCAGGCUAAAACAUCUAUCAAAUUCAUUGCGCCUUUGAGGUCAGCAAUUAUUCUUCAACCCAACAUACUUCUUAAAACUAAGUUUACAGGUUUUUUCAAAAUUUAAUAGACCAUAUCCAUCAGGUUUCUCAAA